GGCAGUCUCGCUGCCUACGUGGGAGAGAAGGGAGGGUUGGGGGAAGCGUGGAAAACCAGAAGCUGAGCGGCUGUCGUCUGGGGUAGAUUUGGUGGGAGGAGUAGAGGGGAAGAAACGGGUGGAGGGGUGAGGUGAGGAGGGCAUUUGGGUCGCCGCUCUCGGGCGGCACAAAGUUCUUCGCUAUGUGGCUGAAGCCCGAGGAAGUGCUCCUGAAAAAUGCGCUGAAGCUGUGGCUGAUGGAAAGAUCCAACGACUACUUCGUGCUGCAGCGGCGUCGGGGCUACGGGGAGGAAGGCGGCGGGGGGCUCACAGGGCUUCUGGUUGGGACUCUUGAUUCAGUCUUAGACUCUACUGCUAAGGUAGCUCCAUUUCGCAUCCUACACCAGACACCAGAUUCUCAAGUUUACCUGUCCAUUGCAUGUGGAGCCAACAGAGAAGAAAUAAACAAACAUUGGGAUUGGUUAGAACAAAAUAUCAUGAAGACCUUGUCUGUGUUUGAUUCAAAUGAAGACAUUACUAAUUUUGUACAAGGAAAGAUAAGAGGAUUAAUUGCUGAAGAGGGAAAACAAUCUUUUGCAAAAGAAGAUGAUCCUGAAAAAUUUCGAGAAGCCCUUUUGAAAUUUGAAAAAUAUUUUGGUUUACCAGAACAGGAAAAGUUAGUGACGUAUUACUCAUGCAGUUAUUGGAAAGGACGGGUUCCUUGUCAGGGCUGGCUAUAUCUUAGCACCAACUUUCUAAGCUUCUAUUCUUUUUUGUUGGGAUCAGAAAUAAAACUCAUUAUCUCCUGGGAUGCAAUCUCAAGACUUGAAAAGACUUCAAAUGUUAUACUGACAGAGAGUAUUCAUGUGUGUUCCCAAGGAGAGAAUCACUAUUUUUCAAUGUUUUUGCAUAUUAACCAAACAUACCUUCUUAUGGAGCAGCUGGCAAACUAUGCUAUAAGAAGACUUUUUGAUAAGGAAACAUUUGAUAAUGAUCCAAUCCUUGAUGAUCCUCUACAAAUCACCAAAAGAGGUCUGGAAAAUCGAGCCCAUAGCGAGCAGUUUAAUGCUUUUUUUAGGCUGCCCAAAGAAGAGACUUUGAAAGAAGUACAUGAAUGUUUCCUAUGGGUACCAUUCAGCCACUUCAACACUCAUGGAAAAAUGUGCAUCUCAGAAAACUAUAUCUGCUUUGCCAGCCAGGAUGGCAAUCUAUGUAGUGUAAUCAUUCCAUUAAGAGAGGUCUUAGCUAUAGAUAAGACAAAUGAUUCCAGCAAAUCUGUCAUCGUUAGUAUCAAAGGAAAAACAGCUUUUCGCUUCAGCGAAGUUAAAGAAUUUGAGCAGUUGGUGGCAAAACUCAGGCUGAAGUGCGGGGCAGCUUCAACUCAGUAUCAUGAUAUUAGCACAGAGGUUCCUAUUAGUUCUGAUUCUGUAGGCCCAUCUGAUAAUACUGAGGUACAGUCUUUGACAUGUCAGAGAGAAUGCAGUAAAACUGUGAACACAGAAGCCUUAAUGACAGUGUUUCAUCCUCAGAAUUUGGAGACUCUUAAUUCCAAAAUGUUGAAAGAAAAGAUGAAGGAACAGUCAUGGAACAUCCUAUUUGCAGAAUGUGGGCGUGGUGUUAGCAUGUUUCGGACCAAAAAGACUCGAGAUCUGGUUGUAAGAGGGAUUCCAGAGACCUUAAGAGGAGAGCUCUGGAUGCUUUUUUCAGGUGCUGUUAAUGACAUGGCUGUUAAUCCUGGCUAUUAUGCUGAAGUGGUCGAACAGUCCUUAGGGACCUGCAACUUGGCUACUGAAGAAAUUGAGCGUGAUUUGCGUCGCUCCCUGCCUGAGCAUCCAGCCUUUCAGAGUGACACUGGCAUAUCUGCGCUGAGGCGGGUACUCACUGCUUAUGCAUUCAGGAAUCCCAAAAUUGGAUACUGCCAGGCAAUGAACAUUUUGACUUCAGUGUUGCUUCUGUAUGCAAAAGAGGAAGAAGCUUUCUGGCUUCUGGUUGCUGUAUGUGAACGAAUGUUACCUGAUUAUUUUAAUCGUCGAAUCAUUGGUGCCUUGGUGGAUCAGGCAGUCUUUGAAGAACUUAUCAGAGAUCACCUCCCCCAGCUGACCGAACACAUGACCGAUAUGACAUUCUUUUCCUCAGUUUCUCUCUCAUGGUUCCUCACACUUUUUAUUAGUGUGCUACCUAUUGAAAGUGCAGUGAAUGUGGUGGACUGUUUCUUCUAUGAUGGAAUAAAGGCCAUUUUACAACUGGGACUGGCAAUACUUGACUAUAAUUUAGACAAACUGCUGGCAUGUAAAGAUGAUGCUGAAGCUGUGACAGCUUUAAACAGGUUCUUUGACAAUGUCACUAAUAAGGAUAGCCCAUUGCCUUCAAGUGUGCAACAGGGUUCAAAUGUAAGUGAUGAAAAAAGCAGUCAUAUUAGAGUGGAUAUUACAGAUUUGAUUAGAGAGUCAAAUGAGAAAUAUGGGAAUAUGCGCUACGAAGAUAUACAUAGUAUGCGGUGUCGAAAUAGAUUGUAUGUGAUACAGACCCUGGAGGAAACGACAAAGCAGAAUGUGUUGCGUGUUGUUUCACAAGAUGUGAAAUUGAGCCUUCAUGAAUUGGAUGAACUUUAUGUCAUCUUUAAGAAACAGUUGUUUUUUUCUUAUUAUUGGUGUUUGAGUUCUCCAGUAUUGAAGCACCAUGAUCCCAGUCUGCCAUAUUUGGAACAGUAUCAGAUUGACUGCCAGCAGUUCAGAGUGUUGUAUCACUUGUUGAGUCCCUGGGCUCAUUCUGCAAACAGAGACUCACUAGCUUUAUGGACAUUCAGACUGUUGGAUGAAAACUCUGAUUGCCUUAUAAACUUCAAAGAAUUCUCCUCUGCAAUUGACAUAAUGUACAAUGGAAGUUUUACUGAGAAGCUUAAGUUGCUUUUUAAGCUGCAUAUUCCUCCAGCUUAUACUGAAGUCAAGUCUAAGGACCCCUCAAAGUGCGAUGAACUUUCCAAGGAAGAAUUACUUUAUUUCAGUCAGCUCCAUGUUUCCAAGCCUGCAAAGGAGAAGGAAGCAGAAUCAGUAAAAAAAAGCCCUGAAAAAGGAAAAGGAAAAGUUGAUAUUCAAGCAUAUCUAAGUCAGUGGCAAGAUGAGCUUUUAAAAAAAGAAGAAAACAUUAAGGAUUUACCAAGAAUGAAUCAGUCACAAUUUAUCCAGUUUUCAAAGACUCUAUAUAACUUAUUUCAUGAGGACCCUGAUGAAGAGUCAUUGUAUCAGGCCAUUGCUGUUGUAACCAGCCUUUUGCUCAGGAUGGAAGAAGUGGGAAGAAAACUACAAAGCCCUCAGUCAUCAGCCAAAGGACUCUCUAGUGCAGUCGGUGCUUCCGGAGGAUCCAGUGAGGGGCGAAGAGAGAGUCACUUGGAGAAAGAGCCCUCCUCUCUCAGGGAAGACCCUCAGUGGUCAUUUGCAUUUGAACAGAUUCUUGCAUCUUUGUUGAAUGAACCAGCAUUGGUAAAGUUUUUUGAGAAACCCAUAGAUGUAAAAGCUAAACUAGAAAAUGCAAAAACCUCUCAACUAAGUUCUAGAACCAAGAUGCAAGUCUCUUAACAGGAAUUGCCUAUUAUAGACAAGUUUACCAAGGUUCUUGUAGCUGUCAGCUUGAUUCCUGGGAGUAGAGAUCAAGGAUUUAUCUUGUUACCAAUGUGUUUGAAGUUUUAAAAAAAGGUACUUGGAAGCACAAUGAUUCAUUCCUUUGUGGUAAUACUCAAUUUUGAUAUUCUCUAAUACAAAUACACUUUUUAUAUUUCACAAGAUGAGCAAUAUCGGGGAGUAUGCUAAAUAUUGCCACCAGAGGGCACCACCACCCCACUUUUAGUAAGGAAAUUACUAGUUUGUGCUGCUUUUUACAUAUGAAUUACUAAUGAUUUUUGAAAAUGUGGUGUUAUGUUUGCAUAUUAGUGAUGCUGACUUGUCAUAUUGAUAAAUCCUACUUUCCAAAUUGCCCCAGUUCUGUUAGAAUGCUUUAGAAAGCAGGCUCUUAGGUCUAUAGCCUUAAUCAAUUAUCUAGAAGAUUGCCAUAUGGGAAUCUCAUUUUCAAGUUAUCUAACUGAAAUAAUAUUAACUUUUUAAAGUUAAUCUCAUUCAGUCUUCUGAUAAUAAAUGGUUUUUAAGUAACUUCUACAUUCUCCCUACCUGAGCAGUUCAGAAGCUGCUGACUCACACUUCUAGCUCUGUUACUGAUGAAAAUAAAGAAAUCAAAACUCUGGGCUGAUAUAAGGAAGAACAAUAUUGGAUUUGGAUUGGAGCUGUCUAAAGCCAGCCACUUCAGAAGGAUUAACGCACAGUACAAUUAGCUGUGUAUAAGAUCUCUCAUUAGACUGAAAAAUUACUUGAAAUUCUGAGCACUGCUGUUUGUGGCAUUUGUCUAAGAGUACUUAUGACUGCUUCGGUUCUAGUUUCAGAUUUGGGAUUCUCACCAGUCGUAUUUUAAGUUACAUUAGAGAGACUGAAUGAUUCUAUCAGUCUGGCAAAUUCAUAAAGGAUACAGGCAUACCUUGUUUUAUCGCACCUUGCUUUAUUGCUUUUCACAGAUACUAGUUUUAUUGAAAACUGAAGGCUCAUGGCAACCCUGCAUUGAGCAAGUCUAUCAGUGCCAAUUUUCCAAUAGCAUUUGCUCACUUUGCAUCUGUCACAUUUUGUUAAUUCUUGCAAUGUUGGAAACUUUUUCAUUAUUGUUAUAUUUGUUACGAUGGUCUGUGAUCAGUGAUCUGUGAUGUUACUGUUAGACUCACUGAGGGCUCAGGUGAUGGUUAGCACUUUUUAGCAAUACAGCAGUUUUAAUUAAGCAGUGUUUAAUUGUUUUGUUAAACAUAAUGGUAUUGCACACUUAAUACACUAUACUGUAGUGUCAAACAUAAUUUUUAUAUGCCCUGGGAAACCAGAAAAUUCAUGUGACUCGCUGUAUUGCAGUACUCACUUUUAUUGAGGUGAUCCAGAACUGAACCUGCAACAUCCAAGUUGUGCCUGUAGUUGUGUGUAAUGAUCAUUAAGAUGAUGUAUAGAGUUUCCGGCAUCUGUCUAAAAAGUCGUGAUCAAUCUGAUUUAGAUGUCUAAUUUCUAUAUACUUUAUGCUGCUUAUAUUUCAGUCAUUACGAUGAAAGUUCAUUUAGAGAUAAUGGGUUUUGUUAGCACUUUAAAGAAAACACACACACUCACUCGUCCAGUCUUCUGUGCUGUUUCUGACAAGAGCAAUUUAUUAAUCAGUUGACUUAGGAAAUUAUGGGAAGAAGCCAUCCACUGGAACUUCUUUCUUCAAAAAAAGACUUUGGUUUUAAAGCCUUUUGUCUUUUCAGAUUUGAAACAGUGAAAGGGCAGACAUCCUUUAGAAUGACCCAAGAAGUCUCCGUUUUUGGAAAAGAAUUGGUAUAGUGAGCCUUUGGCAAGAUUCCACCAUGAACAGGGCCUAACACAGAGGGCCUCAUCAGCACGGAAUAUUCAAGAAUAUUUUCAAGAGAGAUUUUCAGAGAGAUUCAAGAAUUUUCAAGUUGACUUUUUGAAAAUUUUACAAAUUGGCUUGGCCAAACACUUACUAGUGGUGUCUUUAAAAUUAUUUUGUCAACCUCAUCUUUUCAAGGAGAUUACCACUUAAAGAGAUAGUUGGUAAAUAAGCAUCUGUGCCUUUUCUCAGAAAUGAUUUGCCUGAAACAUGUACAUGUUUUAGAGUGAGCAGUUUAUAUGUGAACUAUCACACAUCAGCUAUUAAGCAGUGAUUGUUCAAUUACACUACAGUAGCUCUAAAAACCCAAGGUUCUAUGCUUAUAUACAGAGGCACUAUUGCACAUACUUUGUUGAAUAUUUGUCAAUUGUAUUUACAAAAAAGAUACUUCCUUAAGAUCAUAUGUUAAUGUUUGAUAUGACUUUAAAAUCAAAAUAUUGAAGAUUACUUAGUAUUGUAUUUUAGCCUAGAUUAAUUAAAAUUGAAUACCUAAAGAGAUUUUUGAGUUGCAGAAAUAUUAUAAAUGCAAGUUAAAGAGACAUUUAUUUUCUGAGUCUGAAGGAGAAAUAAGCUGAACACAUAGUUUUGUAGUUGCUACCUUGUUAAGCAAAUGGAUUGUUCUUAAUAUUUAAAAUUUUACAUAGUUGUGUCACACUGAACCAGUGCAUUAUACCUUAUACAUUAAAUGUUAUGAGGUGGCUUUACUUGUCUUUAUAAAAAUAAAUGUUAUAAAUCUGUUAUAAUAAACAUGAAAAAUGGCUUA